AUGCCCUUCACACCCCCAACGUGGGCGUCUGGCUUUGAUGUCGACGAGAUCCCAGAUUCAAUACCAAUCUGCGAAUUCAUCUUCAAUGAGAAGUAUGGCCGAUUUAAACGAAAAGAUUCCAAGGCUCCCUUUGUUUGCGGCGUGUCAGGGCGCCAGUACUCUGUGUCAGAAGUCGCACAACGCGUUGACUGGCUGGCAAGAUCACUUUCGCAGCAACUAGGAUGGAAACCUAAUAGCGGGUCUCCGUGGACUAAAGUUAUCACGAUAUAUGCUCUAAAUACGAUCGACAGUUUACCCCUGUCAUGGGCCGUGCAUCGUCUCUCAGGCAUUUCGUCGCCAGCAAAUUCGGCGUACAGCGUUUCAGAACUGGCCCACCAGCUCAAGAGCUCAGGAUCAAAGGCUCUCUUCACAUGCUGGUCGUUGCUAGAAGCCGCUAUUGCUGCGGCGCGUGAUGUGGGAAUUGACGAGCAUCAUAUUUAUAUACUUCAGACGCCUGACGAGGCCUUGACCGGACGUAGCGUAUCCGGAAAUUUCAAAACCGUAGACGAACUCAUUUCCCAGGGGCAGGGGCUCUCCCAGUUGGAUAACUUGGUCUGGGAAAGGGGCCAAGGAGCCCGUCAAUGUGCUUUCUUGAAUUUCAGCAGUGGAACUACCGGACUGCCGAAAGGCGUUGUGGUCUCACAUAAGAAUGUGAUCGCCAACAUCCUACAACUCACGGCCUUUGAAAAGCCCAGUCGCACGCCUGAUCAACAAGAUGUGGUGCUCGGUCUGCUGCCACAAAGCCACAUCUACGGGCUGAUAGUGGUAUGCCACACCAGCAUUUAUCGAGGCGAGUCGGUGAUUGUCAUGCCCAAAUUUGAUCUAAUGCUUUUGGCGAGAGCUAUUCAACAAUUCAGAAUCAACGUCCUAUUUGUUGUACCUCCCCUAGUAAUCUCCAUUCUUAACAAUCAGUCGCUUCUCGCUAGGUUUGAUCUUAGUUCAGUAAGAGAAAUAUUUACUGGGGCCGCUCUUCUAGAUGCUGGACUGUGUAGGAAGCUUCUACUGCAAUAUCCGUCUUGGAAAAUUCGGCAGGCUUACGGCCUCACAGAGUCAGCUACUGUAAUUUCAGCAACCCCUCCCAAUGAUAUCAUGCUAGGAUCAGCCGGAAAUCUCAUUUCCGGUGUUGAAGCACGGCUCGUUUCACUAACCACUGGAGCUGAGGUCACCAAAUACGAAACUCCAGGCGAGCUUUUUGUGCGUUCUCCAAGUGUCACAUAUCUAGGCUACUUGAACAACGCGAAGGCAACCAAAGAGACUUUUGGUGCCUCGCCAGAUGACUGGCUACGGACCGGAGAUGAAGCGAUGUUUGUACUAGGUCAAAGCGGUCAUGCCCAUUUGGUUAUUGUAGAUCGUAUCAAAGAGCUUAUCAAAGUGAAGGGUCAUCAAGUACCCCCAGCAGAACUUGAAGCUUGUCUCCUCACUCAUUCCCAAGUCGCCGAUGCGGCUGUAAUCCCAGUUCCAGAUUCUAAAGCCGGGGAAGUUCCGAAGGCUUUUGUUGUACUUAAACGCGGCCAUGGUGAGCAGAAGCUGCUUUCUCAAGAGGAAAAGGAACGGAUGAAGCGUUAUCUACAGGAACAUAUUCGGAAGGAAAAGGCUCGAUACAAGUGGUUGAAGGGGGGAGUCGAGUUCGUCAAAGUUAUUCCUAAAAGCCCCAGUGGGAAAAUCCUGCGAAGAAUCCUGAGGGAUAGAGAGAGAGAGCGGCGAAAGGAUAGGGUCGCAAAAUUGUAA